AUGUCUCGUGUGGCCGGCUCACUCACCCCCAACACAGCCGCGUCUUCUUCCACCGCCCACCACACUUCCGGCAAUGCAAGGUCGCGGCAUCGACGCGAAAAUCCCACCUACCACUCAAGUCCCUCUCCAAGCGACUCGGGGGACAGGGGCAGGCCCUCAAAGCGGAAGAGAAAAGGUGAAAGGCCCAGAAAGCUGAGAUGGCGGAGAGGCCAUGUCACAGAGGCCUUUCGAAAGUUUGGCGAGCACUGCGCCCGGGGUCAAAUACGGACGCUCUUGAUUGACUGUCUAGUCAUGACAAAUCUCUUCUAUCCGUCCCUUGCUCUAUAUCUUGAAAAGAAAGAACCCCUUCCAUCAACCAACUCACAUCCACCACCCGGCCACUCUUUCUCUCCUCUUGGACUCGACAGCCUCUUUCCUUCCCCUCCUCCUCUAUUACCUCCGCUAGACUGGGUCGGUUGGUGGCCGCAAGAUACUUCUAAAUGGGAUGACGGGGGGUGGGCGUCGACACAGGAGAUCCCGGGGAUAACCGAUGCAGGAGGCGGGCAGGAUGUAUGGGUGAUGCGGGUCGGCUGGGCCGAUGUAGAGGAUGUUCUGGAUAGGGAUGUGCACAUGGGAGAAAGGGAAUGGGAGCGAAGGGAUCAUCUCCUCUUGGGUCUUGUCCGAGACAUAGCAGAGGGUUGGGAAUCACAAUACCCUUCCAGUGGUCAGCAAUGUUUCCGAGGACAAUCGUCCAACGGAAGUAGGUCACCCUGCGCUAUAAUCUCUCCAUCAAAAUACCUCCCCGAAGUCGACCUCACGAUAUCGCCGAUAACGGACCUUGCCAAUCUGGGGGAGAGUGAGCAUACUUUGGGAGCCAGCAAUGUCUACCACAGCUUCGCCGUUCUCUUCCGUGUACCUGCCAAAACAAAUACUACAUUUGCGAGCCGAUGGGAAGAAGCCGUAGCGGGCAUAUCCCGGGAGAUUGAGGGGGAGGUGUUUGUGGAGGCCAGGAGCCGCCAUCAACCGGGAGAGUGGAACAUAUAUUAUUCUUCUCCCGCUCCGGUAUCCCCACAAUCAACUUCAACCCCAGCAAUGAUCCCUUCCUCCCCACCGACAAUCAUCAUCAUCCUCUACUUUGUGCUUUUCACAACGCUCAUCGUCCAACUUUCCAAUGCCUCGAAAGUGCACUCUCGAUUCGGUCUUGCCUUCACUGGUGUCGUUCAGCUGUGCUGCUCGUCCGUAAUGUCCUUCAGUGUCUUGGCGCUUCUAGGCUGGAACGGCUGGGGGGCAUCAAGGGGAGAGAGUAGCUUGCCAGCUUAUAUCUUGCCAUUUGUUAUCGUUGUUGUCGGGGCAGAAAACAUGUCGACACUGACAAAAGCCAUAUUUUCCAUCCCCUUCAUCCACUCAGUUCCCGUCCGGAUUGGGCUCGGUUUGAGCAAGGUUGGCACAACCAUCGCCCUCACCUCGCUCACUGAUCUGGCCAUCCUCGGCAUCGUCUGGCUAUGUGUCAACCUCCAGCCAGUGCGGGAGUUCUGCCUAUUUGCGGCAGUCGUGAUCAUCACUGAUUGGUUCAUGCUGCACACAUUCUUCCUGACUGUCUUAUCAAUCGAUGCGCAAAGGCUGGAGCUGGCGGAUGUUCUUGUUGCCAAUAAAGUUGGGAUGGCUUCGUCGGUGGAGGAAGAAAGGGAAAAGGUGGCACAGAACGAGGGUGGGCUAAGCUGGAGAAAUCUUCUACGAGCAAGAACCACGAAGAGUGGGAGUUUGCUAUUGCUCUUGUUUACUGUCGGUCUUCUUUACUGGCUCACAAAACAGCACCGCGUACCAUUCAACACUACGGCCAGCCUGUACGGAUACACCCCCACUGCAAAGGCAACAUCCACAUCCUACUUUCCCGCGCCAACUCCUACGCCUUUCCAAGAUCUUGACAAUAACGCCACGACUCUCUCCUCGGCUGAGAAGCUGUGGAGAUCCAUCAACCCUGACGGGUGGCCGUUUGUGCACGUAGUCGUCCCUCCAGCUUCCAUUCUGGUGUUGCCGAAAGAUGGACACUCUCUACGCCCAGUUGAUCUACGGAAACUCUCUCUUCCAGCCCGGAAACUCCUUAUCCCCAGGCUUAAAGCCAUCUUCCACGUCUUCAAGGUCCUCAUCCUGCCUCAGGCUAUCACUGCUGGGGCUCUCUAUGCGCUCUUGCUUUAUCUGCUGAAAGACUCGGAGCUGCUCGACGCACAACGAGACAGGCUUGGGAGAAUGGACCUUGACCAAGGAGACGAGACGGAAACCCCGAGCUCUCCCAAAGGAUCCAUCGGUCUGGCCGGCCAGCUGAAAGCGUACAUGCUUCCAUGCAGCCAUGAGGCCGACGUCGACCUCAUCUCCUCCAACUCGUCCGGCAGCCUAGUCAUAUCAGUCGCCAUUGACAAUUCUAUUUGUCUCUGGCGGUUCGAGGACCCUCAAGGUGGGAGCGGGAUGCGGGAGCUGCUUCACGCGGAAGGGGUGAAGGAGGACGAUGUUAUCGUGGCCACUACUGUCAGCGAAGAUGGGCAUCAUGUUGGUGUUUGUACUGUAUCGGGGGUAUUACAGGUAUGGGAAAUCCCUCAGGAAGGUGCUGUGGUCACGAGACAACCUUCUGCUUUACCUCAAGGCUUGACGGCGAGGGUACUCGAUAUCGCUUUCGAUGAGAGCGAUACCACUACCGAUGACCCGUUCACUGCUACUCAGGCGAACAGCAGCUCUCCGCGAAUCUUUUCAGUGCUGGUUGCAUGCGCCGACGGUUCGGUGCUGGAAGUCAACGAACAGAGCGUCCACAUUGCUGUUGAUGCUCAAAGUGAUGGCUCGCAGCAUUGUCGUAUACAAUUUUUGCCUGCCCAAAACCGAGGCGUAAACAUCAUCAUUGCUGGCCAACUCGGCACCACUCUCUGGCGCAAAAUCUCAUUGAGCUGGACAUCGGCCCUUGUCUCUCCUGGGCCUCUAGCAACCGACCACAUCACAUCGCUCUCCCAUAUAAACGCCUCCCUUCCAGGUGUUUUUGCUGUGGGCUACCGAUCCGGACUCGUCUCCAUCUACGACGAGUCUCAUGGCCAGUUUGACCUAGUCCCACAAGGCGCAAGCAUGGAAGGCGUGAGAAAGGUCGAGCUUGUGCGACCGGCGAGUAUGAAGUGUGUGGGAUGUGGUCUACAGUCCACAGAGGGCUAUGUUGUCAUCUCGUCAACAGCAACACAGGUGUCUCUCGACAGAGUGGCGCCCAAGAACCCUAUACCCACUUUUUGUCGGUGCCCCAGAAAAUACACACCAACAGAAGAUACUCCACUCGGGCGAGGGGAUUUGAGAAAGACCAGUACCCUCGUUGUCCCUCCCUCUGGAUCUAGGCAAAGACUCACGCCGGGGUCAUCCCCCGCGAAGCAGUCCACUCUGCUUACUCCUGUAUCGAACGGAGAGUUUCCGCUUUCUUCACAUGGGUCUGCAAGACGCCUGAGCAAUCUGCACAAGGAGGACGAGCCGUCUCGAAUGACGACCACUUCGCCCUACAGCGUCUCAACCCCAGGAAGCCUGAAUCUCAGCCUCACUGCUCUUACCUCUGCCACCAUCGACGCCGCCUCCCCAGGCCGAGAGAUGGAAAUCACCUCCCUCGGUGGCGUUUCUUCUUCCGGCUCACCCUCCGGUGGGUGGUCGGUUGUCGAUGACGAUGUUCUCGUUGGAAUCGGGCGUGCCAGAGAAGGGAUCAACGAUGAUCAAUGGCAAGUCUGGGUCGUCGACUUGACACAGCCUUGGGAUAGCAAUGGGCUAGUUGUAGAAUCCGUUGAUCUCACAGAGCUUGUCAAGCGGACGCAACUGGAUAGCUACCACUCCCUGGCGAAUGGGCAGAGAGACAGCCCGGCGACACCGGGUAUGGUCUCCAUGCAGGACAAGAGAACGGAGCGUCUUCUGUCUCUUUCCGGUCGCGCUUCUUUCCCAUCUCGCUCCGACUCAUACUCGGUCCCCACCUACUCUCAACUAGGCUACGUGGAGCUGACUCCAAUGGUCAAGCUGGGGCAGAAGGGGAUGAUGGGCGGGUUUGGAAAUCGAAUGGGGUGUGUGACGUUGGCUAGAGUCGAUAAAGAGAGGAAAAGUUUGAGCUUUGGGAGAAGGAGCUUUGAGAUGGGAAUAGGUAUUGGGGGAGGAUCGACACCGACGGCGAGGCGCGGGUUCGCCUUGACACCACCGCCGCCGCCUUUGAAGAAGGUCGAUGGGGCUACAAAUAGGGGCGGGGAUCAGCCCAUUGGGAACACUGUCAAGAGUUGGUAG